AUGAAGCUGGAGGUGUUGUGUGGAAACUAUUAUGAUACGAAACACCUGGAAAUGUCUUGUGAUGCAGAGGGGGCUGCCGUGAGAUCUCCUGUCUGCGCAGAGGAAGAGCUGGGAUCCGAUGGAGACGUGGCCCACAGCCCCUCACCUGUCACCCCGUGUGGGAGCAGUAAGUCCAAGCCGUACACACGGAGACCCAAGCCCCCAAUUUCAUACAUUGCUCUGAUCGCCAUGGCCAUCCGGGACUCUCCUUCUGGACGUCUGACCUUGGCGGACAUAAACGACUAUCUGAUGAAAAAGUUCCCGUUCUUCAGAGGCAGCUACACCGGCUGGAAGAACUCUGUCCGACACAACCUGUCUCUAAAUGACUGUUUUCUCAAAGUGCUUCGGGACCCGUCCAGACCCUGGGGAAAGGACAAUUACUGGAUGCUGAAUCCCCAGAGCGAGUACACCUUUGCUGACGGGGUGUUCCGGCGCAGAAGAAAGCGCAUCAAUAAAAGGUUCGGCAGAGAGCAGGAAGUUUCCGCGCGCGCAGAGGAGUCCUCGAGCGUCCACAGAACUGAUCCGGGUCCCAAGUUCAGCAGCUCAUUUGCUAUUGACAGCAUCCUCAGCAAACCGUUCAAAAGGGACUUGAAUGAAGGACACCCCCCUCUCUUUCCCGCCGUCAGCUGGCCUUACUGCCCAGAAUUCAUGGCGCGUCAUGCACCUGUUCCAGCUCCGUACUUCAGUGCGUCCUGCCAUCUUUACCCAAAUGCCUACAGCUCUGGGAUGAUUUCAUAG